UUGAUCCCGAGAAGAGCGCAUCAUCCGCCAAAUAACCAUGGACAUGGAGAGAGGCAUCGGCGUUGGCAUAACCAAGCGGCCGUCGCAGCAAUGCUCGGGCGCCGUCGAGACGGCGGCUGCUCACCGCGCCGGCGCGGCCGAGGAAGACGACGAGGGGCCGUGCCCUUGGGUUUCCGGGAAGAAGACGAUCACGUGCCUUGCGAUCUGCCUCAUCGUGUCGCCUCUCCUGAUCCUCCUGGUUAGCCGGCGAGGCUCGCCGUUCCCGUCCAAGUCCGGCUGGGCAUCGCCGACGACGAAGGGCACGUCGCAAGAGUCCAAGAAAGACGUGCUCAUGGGCGGCCUGCUCGUCCCGGGGUUCGACGAUCGAACGUGCAUCAGCCGGCACGGCUCCGCGCUGUACCGCAAGAACACGGCGCGGUCGCCGUGCCCGCACCUCGUCAGGCGGCUCCGGGAGCAGGAGGCGCUGCAGCGGCGGUGCGGCCCCGGCACGGCGGCAUUCCGGAGAGCGGCGGAGCGGCUGGACUCCCGGCGAAACGGCACGGGCGCCGGCGAGGAAGGGUGCAGUUACCUCGUGCUGGUGCCGUACAGAGGCCUGGGGAACCGGAUGCUGGCCAUGGUGUCGGCGUUCCUCUACGCCAUGCUCACCGGCCGGGCGCUGCUCGUCGACAGGGGGGAGUCGCUGGGCGACCUGUUCUGCGAGCCGUUCCACCAGACGUCGUGGCUGCUGCCGCCGGAGUUCCCGAUCAAGAACCUCGAAGGCUUGUCCGGCGAAGUGCCGGAGAGCUACAGGAACCUGGUGCAGGAGGACCGGCCGGAGACGUCAGUGUCAGAUCUCUCCUACGUCUUCGUCGACCUCGACCAUGCCUGCACGUACCACGACAAGCUCUUCUACUGCGACGACCACCGGCGUUUCCUCCACCGGGCGCCAUGGCUGCUGAUGAGGACAGACGGCUACUUCCCGCCGGCGCUCUUCCUCAACCCGGCGUACCAAGAUGAGCUCGACCGGCUGUUCCCUCGCAAAGACUCGGUGUUCUAUCUCUUGGCACACUAUCUUCUCCACCCGACGAACAAAGUCUGGGGAUUGAUCACGAGGUUCUACGAUUCCUACCUGAGAGAUUCGGACGAACGGCUCGGCAUCCAGGUCAGGGUGUUCGACGGGGACAGCCCGUUCAAGCACAUCCUGGAUCAGAUCACCGCUUGCACGUCGCGGGAGCGGCUGCUGCCGGCGGUGGUGCCGCAGGAGCCGCCGUUCCCAGCUCCGGCGGCGGCCGGCGCCCGGUCGAAGGCCGUCCUGAUGACCGGGCUGAACUCGUGGUACUACGAGAACAUCCGGUGGAGGUACUGGCAGUCGGCGACGGCGACCGGCGAGGUGGUGAGCGUGCACCAGCCGAGCCACGAGGAGCACCAGCUGUCCGGCAACACGACGCACGACAUGAAGGCGCUGGCCGAGAUGUACCUGCUGAGCAUGACCGACGCCGUCGUCACCAGCGGGUGGUCGACCUUCGGGUACGUCGGCCAUGGCCUCGGCGGGCUCUCGCCGUGGGUCAUGUUCAAGCCGGUGAACCUCACGACGCCCGACCCGCCGUGCCGGCGCGCCAUGUCCAUGGAGCCGUGCCUGCACGGGCCGCCUUUCUACGACUGCAGGGCGAAGCGCGGCGCCAACACGGGGAAGCUGGUCCCACAUGUCAGACACUGCGAAGACAUGAGCUGGGGACUGAAACUUGUUCACCCAGAGUGAAAGGGUGAAUUGGUGAUGUAAAAA